GCACCUGCUGGAACCACAGUUCGGACUCAGGACCGCGAGGGUCAGUUUCUUAGGGCGAAAGUCCCCGUGCCGCGGCGUUCUCUGUUAUAGGGGCCACCCGCUCUUGAAGCGCAUGGGACCAAACACUUUGCCGAGCUCGGGUGUUCGGGACAGAACGCCACCCCGAGCUGAGGCUCGCGGGACCGAAUGCCACCGCCGCUUGGUGUCCAGGCACCCGACGGGUCCGCUUGUGCACACUCACCUCCGCCGUACAUCUGGCACAGAAGCUGAUUCGCGUCCGACCCACCAUGACACCCACAGAACUUACAAGCCUUAUUCCUGGCAUGUUUGAUGACUUCAGCUAUGACUCCACUGCUUCCACAGAUGACUACAUGAAUUUGAAUUUCAGUAGCUUCUUCUGUAAGAAAAAUAAUGUCAGGCAGUUUGCAAGCCAUUUUCUUCCACCUCUGUACUGGCUUGUGUUCAUUGUGGGCACCCUGGGCAACAGCCUGGUCAUCCUUGUCUACUGGUAUUGCACAAGAGUGAAGACCAUGACUGACAUGUUCCUUUUGAAUUUAGCCAUUGCUGAUCUGCUCUUUCUUGCCACUCUUCCCUUCUGGGCCAUUGCUGCUGCUGGUCAGUGGAUGUUCCAGACCUUCAUGUGCAAGGUUGUGAACAGCAUGUACAAGAUGAACUUCUACAGCUGUGUGCUUCUCAUCAUGUGCAUCAGUGUGGACAGAUACAUUGCCAUUGUACAGGCCAUGAAGGCUCAGGUCUGGAGGCAGAAAAGGCUGCUAUACAGCAAGAUGGUCUGCAUUACCAUCUGGGUGAUAGCAGCUGUGCUCUGCACCCCAGAAAUCCUGUACAGUCAAGUCAGUGGGGAAUCUGGUAUUGCCACAUGUACCAUGGUCUACCCUAAGGAUAAGAAUGCCAAGCUAAAGUCAGCUGUCUUGAUCCUGAAGGUCACCUUGGGGUUUUUCCUCCCCUUCAUGGUCAUGGCCUUCUGCUACACCAUCAUCAUUCAUACCUUGGUACAGGCCAAGAAGUCAUCCAAGCACAAGGCCCUCAAGGUGACCAUCACGGUCCUCACUGUCUUCAUUAUGUCUCAGUUCCCCUACAACUCCAUUCUUGUAGUGCAGGCUGUUGAUGCUUACGCCAUGUUCAUCUCCAACUGCACUAUUUCCACCAAUAUUGACAUCUGCUUCCAGGUUACUCAGACUAUUGCAUUCUUCCACAGUUGUCUGAACCCAGUUCUCUAUGUUUUUGUUGGCGAGAGAUUCCGAAGGGAUCUGGUGAAGACCCUGAAGAACCUGGGAUGCAUUAGCCAGGCCCAGUGGGUUUCAUUCACAAGGAGAGAGGGUAGCUUGAAGCUUUCUUCUAUGCUACUGGAGACAACUUCGGGGGCUCUCUCCCUAUGAGAUAACUUCUCACAGGGCAUAUGGUCCUUUUUGGAAAUAAUGAGAUAUAUAGACACAACACAGUCUAAAGAGACAGUAAAUAGUAAGAAAACUGGGGGUGGGGGGCAGGAAAAACAAAACAAACAAUCUGGGAUGAGCCUAAACAACUUUUUAUCAUGUUCAGUCAGAAUCUAUCAAAGUUUCCAAAACUGAGCACUCCAGAAGCGCAGCAGCUGGUUUUUGGUUAUAGUAACUGCAGUUCUGAGGAGGACAGCCCAGCCUUGCACAUGCUGAUCAUCAGUGCAGCUGGGUUUUGGAGGUAGAGUUUCUUUAGUGCUCCCAGUUUCUGUUACUUUAGAUCUGGUGCUACUCCUCUUUAGAGGUGACAGAACACUGGCUGCCACCAUGGUCCCCCCUCACAGCCCCCCCAAAAGGCUUAUUGAUAUCCACCUCAGGAUCUUUUCUCUAUAGUCCUACUGGUGAGAAGACUGUUUGUAUGUCUCAUUACCUACAGAUUUUAUUUUAUUUUCUAAAUCUAGAAUACACUCAAACAUUCUGAGGUUGAAUGCCAUUCUGAUUGAUCUCUUUGAUCUCUCUUGAGCCAGGGAGAAAGAAGCACUGUCCCUAGUUUGGAGCCACCUGUCAGACAGAUUGGUCAGCCAAUGUACAGCUGACCACAUCACAUUACCUGGAGUCUUGCUCCCAAUCCACUUCUGUGUCAGGCAGAAGAUGCCAUGUCCAAACCUAGCUGCAAGCACAAACUAGGAAAGGAUCUAGCCUGUUCCCUGGUGUGGCCCUCACAGAAUUAAGCUGGAGAAUAUGUUAGGAUGGUGGGAACCUAGCCUUUGGGACUUCCUCAGGCAAGAGGCACUUGCUACAGGUUCUCCCAUCUCCUUGCCAGUGACAUGGCCUUUCCUUCUGAGGCUCCCUGCUACCUCCACUUUCCUUACUCUGUAGUCUCAACAGUUUACAACCUUAAAUUUUAGAUUAAGAAGAACUGGUGGGUUGGGCAUGGUAGUGUACACCUUUAAUCCCAGUACUUGGGAGGCAGAGGCAGAAUGAUCUCUGUGAGUUCAAGGUCAGCCUAGUCUACAAAUUGAGUCCAGGACAGCCAGAGAAACAUCAACAAAACAAAACAAAACAAAACAAAACAAAAAAACCCAACAACCAACCAACCAACCAAUCAAGUAAAAAAACAAAGGGUCGGAGAGAUGGCUCAGUGGUUAAUUCUCAACCAGGGUUCAAUUCCCAACACCUACAUGGCAGCUCAAAACUGUCUUCAACACCAGUUCCAGAGGAUCUGAUAGUCUCACACAGACAUACAAGCAGGCAAAACACCAAUGCACAUGAAAUAAAAAUAAAAUGAAAAAGAAAAAUAUGUAAUAUAAUUUACCUUCCACCUAUGUUUUUAAUUACUUGAUAAAUUUAUCACAUUGGAAAAAAAUCAUUGCUUAUCUUUAAAUGUGUUUUAUAAUGUUUAGUUACAAAUGUUCUUCACUUGCUAUUUGUUUUACCAUUUCUCAAUAUUGUAUUUGUGAAUUGUGAACAAUUAAAGAUUAGAUAGAAAUACAGUAAUUGUAAAAGGUAAGGCUGGUAAAUCUUUACCCCAUCAAGCCAAUUAAGUUUUUUUUUCUCUUUCUGACUUCCUUCAUCUUUCACAUACAUAUUAAGACACAAAGUGAACAUUUCUGGGAAGGUCAGCAGGUAGUUUAGCAGAAAGAGAUAAAUGAGCCCCAAAUAUGACAUGCACGGCUUCCAAAACCAAGGUCAGUAUAAGGUCAGAGACAUCUGAAUCUUUGACUCAUUUCUAGGAGAUCCAGAUGUCUGCCCUGUUGAGAAACUUGGACGAAUGAGCAAGAAGUAUAAGCUAUACUGUCUUAGUUACUGUUGUAUUAUUUUGAAGAAACACCAUGAGAGACAACUUAUAGGAAAAAGCAUUUGAUUAGGAGAGUCACUUGUAGUUUCAGAGAGUUAGUUCAUGAUCAUCAUUGUGGGGAGCGUGGUGGUAGGCAAGGAUGACACUGAGAGCUUAUGCUUGAUCCACAGAUAUGCAGUAGAGUGAGAUUGGGCCUGGUGUGGGUUUCUGAAACAUCAAAACCUGCCCUCAGUGACACACCUCCUCUAUCAAGGCCACACCCCCUAAUCCUUACUAAGCAGUCCACCUACUGCAGACCAAGCAUUUAAAUAUAUGACUCUGUGAGGGCCAUUCUCAUUCAGAUCCCAACAAAGACCUACCCAGCCACAGCAUUGCAUUACACAUUCAGACUACAACACACACCUACACAGUCACAGCACUACACAUUUAGACUACAACAUAUGCCUAUAAGUCACAGCACUACACAGGUGGCAUUUUGUUUGCUCUUGAAUGCUCAUUUGAUGUAGUUCUAACGUUUUGUCCUGGAAUCAUAAUGGUGCUGAAGGCGAGAGGCAGAGAGAGAAGCAGGGUGAACCUUCAAUGUAUUUGCUUAAUUUAUAUGCUUGCCAAGAAUUACUUACCUAAAGGACCCUAUGACAGAGACUUAGUGGGUGUUGAAGGUAAGUGCACAUUAAUUAGAAAAUAAUUCCAAGCUUUCCCUCCUGUGGUUUGUGAUGGGGAGUUUGGGAACACCACAGGAAACACAGGCUUUGUACAAUAUCUAAUGAAAUAAUUGCACUUAGUUUUAAGAAGCUCUUGGAAGUCUGGGAGAUGCUUAGCUCUGGAUUGAGUGACAGAACCUGUUUCAAAAAUUAAGGUAAAGGAGCAGAGAGCCCUUUCAGAUGCUCCAGGUUCAAUUCCCAGAACCCAUACGGUGGUUACAGCUGUCUGUAACUCAAGUUCCAAGGGAUCCAGCAUCCUCUUCUGGCUUCCAUGGGCACCAGACACAUGUGGUACACAUAAAUACAUACAGGAAAAACGCAAUAUUAAAAAAAGAUAAUUCAGAGAGCAUUGAAGGAAGACACCUGAUAUCAA